AUGUCGUUCUUUUCCGACUCCCCUGAUGGCGGCCGGCGUAAUGCCGAGCCUAAAAUCCGUUCCGCCCCGCCGCACACUCAGGCUACCAAUUUGCCCAAGGAGGCUCCUGCAACCCUUCUAGACAUCUCAAAGCUCAAGCCAGAGUCUAGCCUUACGGUAUGGGGCAAUGAGAUCCUUCAUGUCUUGCGGCCCUUCAAGCUCGAUGCACUCGUGAGCACUGAUAUUCCGAGGCCCAAGCCAGGAGAUCUCAACUACAAGCGAUGGAAAUACUGGACUCUUGUUGUUGCUACCUGGUUGUUUAACCAAAUCGAGGUCGCACUUCAACUCAAUGUCAAAGCACAUUCAAACGAGCUCACCUACGCCGACGAGAUCUUCAGCACAAUCAAACUGUUGAGCCUGCACAAUCAGUCCAAGUUCGUUGCGAGCGAGUUAAAGAGAUGGGAGGGAAUGAAUCGCAAGAACUUCGCUACCCCUACAGAUUUCACCAUGGCGUACCAGAACCAGUUUAACCGCCUGAAGACAGAGAACCUCGCUCCCGAUUGCGAAGUUGCGCUUCUUCGACUUCUGCAAGAGCUUCGUGGAGAAGUCUUGAAGAUCCCGUUUAUUGAGGAAGAGGUGAAGAAUUUGGAACGACCCGUGGACUACCAGCUUUUCGUCUACUAUUGCAAGCUCUUGGUAAACGAAUGCCGCAAGCCCAGCAUCUCACCCGCCGAAGGGGAUACCAUGGAAACUGGUGGAAGUGCGACGGGCCAAAGCCAGAGCAGUGGACGAGAUAUCUCCUACCGCGGCUGGAGACAGAGCACUAGGGACACGGCCCAGCAUGGGAGUAGGUGUGUUGCUUUUUGA